CCAUGAGGCCAAGCCAAGCCGCAUUGGCAAACUCACGAGACCAAGCAAUCAUCCUUACGCCAGCAACUUCGAUCAGCUCUUCUUCUAGCUGUCUCUCCCCUGCUGCUCUAUAUCUCUCUCGUCUUUUCUCGCCCCCUCCCUCGAUUCCCCCCCCUUCUCUCGGCUUCCUACUCAGAGGGACAUUGAUUCUCUUCUUCUCUUGCGCCACCCUCUCCCUCUCGAUCGUUUGACGCUUUUCCUUGAGCUAAAACCGACUCUUUUGCGCCGUCGUCAUACAAAAGUUCCGUCGAAAACCGCCAAAAAUGGUCACAGAACUCCCCUGUAAGAUGGACGCUCCUGUCUCUUUCCUCGGCGCAAACAGCUGCAAUUCCAGCCUCUUUGUCCAAAACCAU